AUGAAUCGGUUAAAGUUGAACCCCCUCAAACUUCCGCCUAGCGGAAGACGAACGGCGGCGUCCGAUGAGAAGAAGGACCUUCCGGUUGGCGCAGGUGGCACACGGUCCCAGGCAAACAGCGGUUCGAACAGCAGCGACAGCCGCAGUCCGGCUGUGGUUCAGUCCAGUAAAUCUCCGUCCAGCCGCACGGAAUCGUCGGUACGGUUCCGGCUCGAGGAGGACGAAAUCCUCGGUGGCAGCGGAGAGGAUCUGAGCAGUGUGAGUAGUGCCAGUGCGACACCGGGCGACCCCACCGACAGUCUGAGCGCGAACGACAAUCAUCAUGAUGACAGUUUAGAGAUUAUGGAAGAAAUAGUGGUGCCGGCCGACGAUGACGAAGACGAAGGCGGUGGAAGCAGCAGCGUGCGUAGCGCCGUCCAUGGCGAGCCGGAAAUCAGUGACAGUAGCGUAUCGGAAGGCGUAGAAGUAGCGCCAUUAAAUCGAUUGCACGCCCCAGCGGUCGGUGGUCAAGCGAACGAACGGAAGCGUCAGUUGUUUGAGAUCGGCGGCGACGAAGAUUUACUUCCGAGGCGCGGUUCGUCGUCGGCAACGCCCGGUGACGGGCUGUUCGAUAUCGACCGUUUGCAACUGUCGGGAGGCGAAAUUGCAGCACACUUUCAGCCGGCAUCGGGCGGCGGUGAUCAUCGAAGUGGUGGAAGUGCUGAUCGGGAUGAGGAUGUUGCAGAUGAUGAUGACGAUGAAUACUCCAUCGAUCAGGUGCUGAACGAUAUCGAAUCAGUGUACUCGGAAGGAUCGGUGAAAGUGAGCCAAAGUGGAGGCAGAGCGCAGUCGCGUGUGGCGCCACUGGAAAUCGGCAAAGGAUCUUCGCAUCCGGCGAAGGAACUUUCGCCGCUUCAAGAGGACGACGUACUGAUAAACGACUUGAAGUUAAACUUGAAUACGUUCCGGCAACGCUCGCGCGCCAAUCGGAAGGUUGACGGUCUCAUGAUGGCCGACAGUGGAGCUCACGACAGUCAGGAGGACACUAGUUUGAACACGACGAAUGACAUUUCGGAUCUCGCUAGGGACACGGAAAGUGAACGGGUGGGAAGUGUGGAGUUCGAGGCGGACAGUGGCUCCGGCGGCGGCGUUGUGAAGAUGAAGCUUACUGCAGAGGGACGCAGUCGCAGUGUGGAGGAAAUGGGAACACGGCCGAUGAUGGCCGGUACCAGUGAUACCGUCCGGGGUUUCGCCAGUCUUGGCCCGAUAAAGCUCGGUUCGAACCAGGGCUCACCGGCCGGGGAACCCAGCUCUUCGUCUUCCGGCGCAAGUGUCGUGUCGGACGAUUUGCGGGAAAAGAUUCUGUCCACGAGCAAAUCGUUCGACGAGGUCAAGGCCCAGGGGGGCGAGACGCUUGUGGAGCAUAAAGUGGAUGGAAGUGAGAAGCGAAGCGCUGGGGAAGGACACACGAAACAGAUGGAGCGGGUGACGGUCGAGUCGAAGGAAGCGCUCGAGGACAUUUCGGAAGAAUCGGAACACACCGUCGAGCGGGAAUUGGGAAGCACGGAUGACGAACGGCGUGAGGUGAUGGCGGUUCCGUUGACCGCCGUCCUGGAGAGAGGCAAAGAGAUGCGCACGAUUCUGGAGGAGAAACUGCUCGGCAGCACAAUCGACAUAGACGAGGACAAUAAGGAGAACAUUCCCGAGAGUGGCGGCGGUGGCGGGUUUGAGUUCGAGAGCGUCGUGAGUGUGAAGAUGUUUCAAACGAUGGAGAAUGAAAUCCGGAAGCUGCAGGAACUGGUCACCACGAAGGACGUGUUGUUGGAGGCGUACACGCGGAGGGAGUCUUACAAGGACGGCAGUCGAGCGGAUUCGUUACUGCGUGAGCAGCAGUGCCGUUCGAACAACAGCGAAUCGGUUAGCCUGACCACGACCAACUCCACCGAGUACCGGCCGGUGCCGGGCGAGCUGGAAGCGGCCAGCGUGCUGGAGAAGGAUCUGCACGGGAAGAUCCUGGAGCGUAAUCAGUGGAUCCAGUUGCUGGCGGAUAAGCUGCGGGAGUCGCUCACGGAACGCAAUCAACUGCAGGCGGACGGAGAGCGGUUGACGACGGAGGUGGUCCAACUGAAGAAGCAACUGUCGGACGCGGUGGAGAGCGUGAAACUGAAAACACAGUGGGCUGGCGUGCGCCCUGACCACGAGAGCACCAGUGGCCAGCGGAUAUCGGAGAUCUCGAUCGAUUUGGUGAGCGAAACCGAAGACGGCGGAAUGUCCGACUUUCCCGAGGCUUACAAUGAUGAUCGGCCACCGUCGGAGCGAGCUUUCGAGAUGAAUCUACACCCGUGCGACAUCCCGGAUCUUAACCCCAUGCACAUUCCACUGAAAAUCUCCAAGCAGCUUGAUCAGUUCCGGCGCUACCUGUCGCCGGAGGAGGUUCGACUGUUCAACAUGGUGCAAACGAAGCUGGACGAAUUUCUGCGCCAAGAGCUAGAGAAGGCCCGGGAAGCGGACGAAAGCGAGCACCGGGUGCUCCGGGAACAGGUGCAGCUGGAGCGGGCAGAGCGGGAACAGGAAACGAAUCGGUUGCGGCAGAUGCUGGGCAGCGUCAAGGCGGGAUCGAUUGCGAUCGACGAGCUGCGGAAGGAGCUGGAGGCGCGCCACACGCAGGAAAUGGCCGACCUGCGUACGUACUUCGAGAAGAAGGUGGUGGAGCUGGAGAAGCACUACUCGGAGGAGGUAUUUUCGCAGCAGAGCCGCCGAUUAUCGAACGACGAUACGGCAUCGGAAAUUUCCGGUGCAGAAGAGUUUCCGGAAGAGAACGGUGGCUACCAGUCGAAGCACACGAGCCCCCGGCGCAAGCACAAGGACGAUAUCUUCCUAAGUCCCACGCACCGCAAGAUAACACCGACGACGAUCGAUGCGGCCGAUGCAGGUGGUGAAGAGGUCCUGGUCGUGGAAAUAGUGGAAGAACCUGAGCAUCGCCAUCUUUCAACUGAUGAGUUGCGGGAGUUUUAUCAGCACAAAAUCAAGGAGAUAAAGCGGCACCACGAGCGAUUGUUUGCGAACCUGCACGAGAAGCUGCGAGCGUACGAGACGGCGGAACAGGAGAAACAAAUAGUGUCUAAUCAAACGGAACCCACCUUCACCACCAUCACUCCCCAUACACGACCGGAGCACUGCUCACCAUUGCUAACCAAUCUUCCGGCGGAACUAUCGCUGCCGGUGGCCGCCACGAUCGGUGGCGCAGAGCUAACCGCUAACUCAUCCGCUACUAACACCACCAUCGUGGAGCAACUGUCCACGCUAACACCCGCCGCCAACGCGCUUGGUGGAUCAGAGGCGGAUCUGCAGGAAAUCAUUGUCGGGUACGAGCGACGCCUUCAGGAACAGGUGGCCCUGGCCCGACAGGAUGUUCUCAAGGAGCUAGAAGUUCAGAUACAGGCUCUACUGUCAGACACAUCAUUCGAAGACAGCCACUGGCCUCCGGAGCUGGUCUUGCUGCGGGAAAAGUUCACGGCCAAAAGCCAGCUAGAAGUCGCCCAACUGCAACUCAAACAUGAGGAAGAGAUGGCCCGCAUGAAGAACGAUUUCGAGAAGCAGCUGCAGCGGAAGCUGAAGCGUCAUACCACCUUCGACUCGACGCGUGGUCUGGACAAAAUCAUCAACGAGCGUGAUAACCUGCGCGAGCUCUCGUCGACGCUACGCAACGUGCUGGGCAGUUUGGCAAAGUGUUUUUCCAUUUGCGAAGAAGAUCUCAACGCGACCGUGCUCGAGGAGCUGCAACGCCACCGACAGAACGUUUCUCUGGCAGCCAAUGCAACCGCCGAUGAUAGUCAGCUGCUGCUCGACGAUUCAACCACCGCAACUGAGUUCAACCUUACCGACGUUUCGGUUUUAUCGUCGUGUAGAGUGCUAAAGUUUGCCCCCGAUGUUUCGGGCAUCAUAUCGAUCAUCGAUGAUCCGUCACUGGUGGAGUACGUGACGACGAAGCAGCGCGAAGGUGACGAGCCGGAAAAUGUGUCGCUCAAUCUGGAGGAAUGUCUCGAACGGCUGAAAGCGGAAGCACUGAGCCUGCUGGCACUGUCGGAGCGGUUGAAGAAGAGCGCCCCUGAAGAAGUCGCGCCUCCGUCGGAUGUGAUCUGUGAGAAGGGCGACAGCUGCGAGGAGGAAGAUGGCCUAAAGCGAGGUAACGUACAGCAACCGGUGAAGCUGGAAAGUACUCGGUCACUGGAUGCGAAUAUCGGUCGUCAAGCGGUGGCGCAUGAAACGGUGCCACCGGCAGCCGUUAACGGAAGCCUCAGUUUGCCGAUCGAUCUCGCCGGCUUGCAAGUAAUGGGAGAGCUUAAUCUGCAACUGCACGAACUUAAGAAUCGGUUGCUGAAAUCCGAGGACGAGAGAAAGGUACUAGAACACGAACUGGCCGAAGCGCGUAGCAAGCAGAGUAGCUUGGUGAGCGAGCUGUCGGAAACAAAGCAACACCUACUAGAGCUCAACAGCCAGCGGGUUGAGUUUAGCGAGGGUUACGGCACCAACGCCCUGCUGCCGACGGCCAAGCGCGUGAACAACACGUUCGUCGAGCUACAGGAGCGGGCCAAAGCGAUGCUCAGCAGUACCGCCGAUCAAACUGCCGAGCAAACGAUCGAGGGUCACUCGGUGCUGGUGCAGAUGGUGGAAGACUUUUGUCGCGAAGGAGAACGUUACAUGGAGGAUGGCAAGCGCGACCGGAUGGACCUUCAACUGCAGAUUGAGGCUGCCGAUAAACAGCUUAAAGCUACCAGACAGUUCCUCGAAGAUCAGGCAGCCGAACGUGAGCAGGAACGUGACGAGUUCGUGAAGGAAAUCGACCGCCUGAGGAGUGUGAUGCGCGAAAAGGAGAAGGACAAGGUGAACUUUGAGCGAGCUACCAAAGAGGAUGGAUGUAUGAGCAGCUGUAGAUUUGCCAAAGAAAACGAAGCCCUAGUUGCAAAACUGGAAUCGGUGGAGCUGCAGGUGAAGGAGCUGACCGUAUUGAUCGCUGAGCGGGACGAGAGGGUGCGAAAGAUGGAGGGAGACCUGAAGGAUUCCAUCGACAAGGGCUUCACGCUGCGAGAAAUUAUCGCCGAGCUCGAGACACAGAUUGAGAGCAAGGCAAUUAACGAGCACGUGCUGGAGUUGAAAGUGAAGGAACUCGAAAAGUACAUCGAUGUGCAGAAUCAACAGAACGAAUCGUUGCACCAGGAAAUGGAGAGCAUCAAGGCGGACGUCGCUGUCCGGGGGUACGAGGAGAAGAUCGCCAAACUGGAGGACGAACUGCGCCAGCGGCAACCGUCGGCCGAGCACAGCAUCGUCCUGGAGGCGCUCACCGUGCAGCUACGUGACAUUGAGGAAACGUUAGAGCGUAAGACGAAAAAUCUCGAAACGCUAAACUCCACAUCGGGGGCAUCACUCGGAUGCAGUAGCCCGUCGGAGGACAUAUCGGUCAACCAGGACAGUCCGUUACAUCGCAAGAGGAGGUCGACGGCGGCAGGCACGGUUGCAGCAGCGGAAAGUGAUGGUGGCGGCACCGACGACGGAACGGCAGGAGAUAAACCUGCGGUAACGCCGCUACCGGUCGAUGAAGUGCAACGCAUUUUCGAUAAGCUCCAUCGCCACUCGCGGAUCGAAGAUGUGGCCAUCAAAAGGAUCAACGAUCUCGAGAUGCAGAUUACCAACAUUAGAGCGGGCUACGCGGAACUGCAGCACGAACGCGAUGUACUGCAAGAGAAAAUGUCCGAGCAAUCGCUAAAGAUUUCGUCACUGCAAACCAAGCUGGAUGAGCAACGGCUACGGGCGGAAGAGCUGCAUCGCCAGGGUACCUCGCAGCUCACGGUGAAAGUUCACGAUCUGCAGAACGAGCUGCACAAUCUGAAGGAGACGCUCCAGUCGCGCGACAAACAGAUCGUGAAUCUGAAGCAGUUUCUCGACAACAGCCAGCAGGCGAUCGCAAGACAGGAAAAGGAAUUGGCGAUGAGUCAGGACCACGGCGAUCGGGGUGAGCAUGAGAAGCGGCUCGAGGCGGAGUUGCGCACACGGGAGGAAGAGGUACGCCUGCUGAAGGAUCGCAUCAAGAACGAAAUGAUCAGCAAGGCCGCCCUGCCGGACCUGAUGGAAACGAUGCUGGCUGACAAGAACGAGGAAAUCGAUCAGCUGAAGGAGCGCUUGAGUCAACUGCAGUCCGUAGCUCGGGGCCCGACCGCCCCCCACGAGCCGUCAAUCGGGACGAAGGACGACGACGGUGGCCGAACGCUGAGCGAUGUUGUUUCAAUAACGGAUUACGACGAAUCCGAUAUGGUGAUGCGACGGAUCCCGGAACAGAGUACAAUGGGAGGCAUCUUGGCAGCGCACAGUAUUCCAAUGAUGUUCCUGACCGACUUCGUUACACUCACGAUAAAGGACUCUGGUGCCUCGAUGCAUCCGAAUCAUUCCAAACAGCCAUCCAUCCCGCUGCUGGCCGAUGGCGGUGUUUUUCUCAGCGGCGGGCCCGAUUCGACGAUGAUGAACUCGAUUCCGUUGCGCUCGAACUUCUUUCACGACGUGUGUUCGGCAGUUCCACGGCUUCCGGACCAAACACGAAGCAGUGCACCGACGCCAGAGUGCAUCCCGCGCCAGAUAAACUUUUCGCUUGUCGAAGCAGAAUCGCCCCAGCUCGCUGCCCAGCGUCAGUCAGCCCCGGCAGCACCAUCGUUGAUGUUUUUCGGUGCCGUUGGUGGAGCCGGAGUCGCUCCACGGCCCCUGCUCCGCGUACAGCGUGCGGUUGUCGAGGAAAUCUUCGACGAUGAUAACGCUGACGUCAAUGAGCGAAGUUCGAAAGAAACGGCGGUUGGUUCGCUGACCGAGGAAGAGAAGGUGCGCCUGGAGGGAGAAGUGGAGUCGUUAAAAUUAAGCCUAGAUAGGGUUGUGCACGAAAAGAACGAAGUAACGGAACGCUUGAAGGCUGAGCUGCAAGAGAAGAUCGAACAGAUAGCUGAUCUGCAGGUGGAGUUGGCGGCCCGGAACAAACUCUACGACGAUCUGAUGCAGGAGAAGCGAGAGCUUCGGGAUGAAGUGGAGAAGGUGAAAUUGGAACUGCAGCAACUUGACCAGCAGACCCGCGACAUGCAGCAGAAGGAUGCCGAUCUGAGGGUAGCUCUUGACCAGUUGCACCACAAAGAGAUCGAACUCAACGAAGCUAGGGCCGGACACGAGCAAGUUCGGUUGGAAAUGGAAAGUGUAACGAAAGAGUCAUCCGUACUGCGGGCGGAACAGCAACGCCAGAAGCUGGAAAUAGACACACUGCGCCAACAGAUCGAAUCGCUCAACAAAACCAUCGGCCACAAGGACGAGCUGAUGGCGAAGCUGGAGAAAGAUCUGCUAAACUAUAGCAAAAACGAGGAGAAGUAUCUCGAGCAAUUGCGCUCAUUCGACGCCAAGGAGACGGAGUUGAAGAUCGUGCAAGGCAACUACAAGGAUCGGCUACACGAGAUUGAGAUCUUGAACGAGGACAAUCGCUUCCUAACGGAGGACAUCAACCGGUUGAAGAAUGAGAUAGCACGCAGUAGCAGCUCCCUGACUUCAAACACGUCGUACGUGCAGGCGCUGAAACAGAAUUGUGUCAAGCUGGAGGAGGAGUUACAGGAUACGAAGGUGCUGCUGACGGAGAAGAUGCUCGCCCUCGAGCGGGUUAAGAUCGAUCUGAGCGGUUGCCAGCGGGAGGUGGAAGAUUUGCGGACGAUGCUGAAGGAGAAGGACAUGGUUAUCCGGCAGAUCGGUGACGAUGGGAACAGUCUGCACGAAACGCUGUCAACCAUCCAAGAGAAGAUGCAGGAGAAGAACGUGGCACUUAGUGGGGCGCUGCGCGAGGAGAAGGGUCGUAGUGUGCAGUUGCAGGCGGAAGUCGAUCGAUUGCGAGCUCAGCUGCAGCGCAGCGACAACUCGUCCAGCCCGAAACCGUUCUCGGUGGAGGAAAUUGCGGAGCAGCUGGAAAAAGAGCUAAAUUAUUCGGCUCAGCUCGAUUCCAGCAUCCUGAAGGCGAUUGAGAGUGAUGACGUAAACUCGGACGAUGGCCGUGAGGAGCGAACUGUAGGACGGAAGACCGCUUCCCGAAAGCCGUCCGAGCUGGACGAAUUACGGCAGAAGCUGAAACAGGAAUUGGACCGGGGCAAAAAGAUGCAGGAGCUGCUGGAGACGGAGAAAGCAAACUCGACCACCAUCCAACAGCAGGAUGCGGAUAUCAUUGAAACAAUGCGCAUCCGGCUAGAGGCAGCACUGGCGAACGAGAGUACCCUCCAGCGUUUGCUGGAGGAGGAGAAAACGAAAAACGAGCGUCUGUCGCGGAUGGUGGGUGGGUUGCAGCGGACAAAGUCGUUCGAUAACUAUCUGCUGAUGAAGGGCAAAUCGCCACAAGAGUCUCCGCAACGGCGCCUGAACCGUAGCAACGAAUUCGAGGCGGAAAUGGUGGCGCGGUACGAAGCGGAACUAAAGUUCCUUACGGCGCAAAACACCCGCGAACGCGAACGGACGGCCGAUCUGCAGCGGGUGUUGGAGCGCGAACGGGAGCGGUUCGAAAAGGAGAUUACCGAUCGUACCGAGCACGGUGAGCAGGUGAAGCGGGAGUUGAACCGCGUCGCGAAGGAAAAGGAAUCGCUCGAACUGGAGCUCGACCACGAGCAGGAAAAGCUCGAGCUAGCACACAAAGAGAUCGACAGUUUGGAAAAGCGAAUCGGGGCCUUGCAGGAAGCAGAAGCGCUUCGAUCCGCACGCCGCGAUCGUACCUCGGGCCAGAACUCACUCGAGUACCAGGAACUGAAGCUUCGUCUGGAGGGUGUAGAGUUCGAACGGAACCAACUCCGUGACACGGUGGUCAGCCUCCGUACGGAGGUAGAUCGAAGGCGCACGCGAGAAGCCCAGCUGACGGAGGCUCUUUCACGUGAAAACUCACUGAACGCUCAAAACCCAAGCAAUUCGGUCGUCCCCGAAGAGUUCAUUAACAAGCUGAAAGAUCUUAACCGCAUGCUGGAAGCGAAUGCGCGUGAAAACCACCAGCAAGCGGAAUCGCUCCGGUUCAUGAUGGAAGAGCGGCGGGCACUGCAGAUGCGCAUUCAGGAGCUGGAGCGCUACAACGGACACACCCACGGGCAUCACUAUCAGCGAGAGGACCUGGAGGAACGGGCGAACCACCUCUUCGGCAAGUACCUCCGCUCGGAAAGCCACCGGAAAGCACUGGUACACCAGAAACGCUACCUGCAGAUCGUCCUGACGACGUACGAGGAAAACGAAGCUCGGGCACUGGCCUUACUGAACGCACAGCUGCCUCCUGGUCAGCUGGAGGUGCUUGCGUUAGCUAGUGGGCCCCGUUCGCUGGACUCUUCGGCGCGCCCCCGUCGCAAAUCGUUCCGCUCGAUUGUGACGGUUGUGGUAGCGAUCGAACGGAUGAAGUAUCUCGUCCGCAAAUGGCACGGAGGCAGGCGGGUCUGUGCCAAAGCCAUCUUUUCGCAACCGUUCAGUCCGCGCCGGUCACAAUCGGCCAGAACGAACGUGUGGGCUCGUUCACCUAACUCUCACUUUGCCGAGUACUCGGCAGAGGGCGUUGAUCGUGGUGCCGGACGUACGGAACGUACCGAACCGUUGUUCGGUGCUGCUGGCGGUCCCGGUGGAGUUCCCGGUGGUGGCGGUGCCUUCGUGAGAACGCUUUCCGUGCCGGUAGGCUCUUCGCCGACUGCGCUACGCAUGAACGUAGAGGUUAUGGAAACACUUCGAGAGCAUCAGCCUGGGGCACAGUACGGCAAUCGAUAGUGGUGUUCCGUGCCGGGGAGAGAUCACCGAUGCACAGGAAGGCAUCUAAUAUUAUUCUUCAACAU